AUGGCCAACACAUGGAACGGCACACCGCUGGACGAGGUGCAGUUUCGUCGGCCAGACGUGAUCGGCUGGUGGGGCAUCAAUGAAAACUCCAUUCACGCCAUCCUUCGCGAAACACCCUUCUUCGAUCCGACCAGCAAGAAUGGCCUCUUAUGGAAGCAAGCCGAGGUCCAUCCUCCGAUCUGGGAAAUGUGCACAAACAGACAAGCCUUCGAGACACGACUAAAGCAGAUGAACGGCGUUGAAUACCUGAUCGUCGGCGAACCCCAACCAAACACAGAUCCAGCAUUGGGCCCAGACACGGGUAUCUGGGUCAUCCGCAAGCAAGACCGUCGCAAGAGACCUCCACAAGCCGAUGAGAUCACAGUCCUGGCUACCUACUACAUGGUCGGCGAGAAUAUGUACCAAGCGCCCUCGGUCUACGAUAUCGUCGGCAACCACCUACUCUCAGCCAUGAACUCUCUCACAAAGUUUACUCAAGCCGCCGCUCCUCUCCCGCUCUACGCUCCUGCGACAGGAUACACCUACUUCCCGCCAGCCACAGCAAAGUCUCUCGCCGCAUCACAAGCCUUGACAGCUACUAGUCGAGAAGCAAGCACAGCACCCACACCAGCCGAAAUACCUCCCACAGCAACCCUGGAGCCCACCGCACAACCCACAACCUCAACCCUCGAAUCAAAAGCCACCACAAAAGACGCCGAUCCCCGCGCCCAAAAAGCCUUCUACGAAUCCCUCCAUAACAUGGUUCUCUACGGCGACGAAUACAUGGACGAAAACCCUCUCCGCGGCGAACCAGGCAACUUCACCUUCUCAGCCACAAAACACCACGUGCGUGCAAAAGCCGAAGCCGCCGAGGCUGCAAAGCUCAAAGAAGCAGAAUUGGCAAGGAAAUUGGAAGAGGCAAGAUUGGCCGCCAAAGCCACACCGUUUGCGUCAGCAGCUGCGAAAAAGGAUGAAGAGGAAAAGACAAAGAAGAAGGUCAGGGAUAAGAUUAAGAAGAGGAGGAGUAAGGGGUUGGCUACUAAUCCGAGUACGCCUGCUAGUCCUGCUACUCCGGCUGCUUAG